AUGGCGUCCAGCAGUAGUGAAGUGGAUAAAGUUGUCAAGAAGGCAGAAAGGGGUCUCCUGGAACAUUGCAGGAGUACGUCCUGGAUGCAGGAUCCAGCACCAAUACCACCUCCUCGCAGACAGCAAUCGCCUGCUUCUCCUGGUGCAUAUGCACAAGGACCCACUGCCCUUUGGGAAGGAGCUCCCAUAGUGGAAUCCCCUCUUGGUGAAGACAUUAUGGAAACCUAUGGAGACGUAGAGCAAAUUCCAGCUGAAGUGGAGACGAGUAAUGUUGGGUUGGUCAGUGCGAGGCUGGUCAGUCUUCCAACAGAGGUUGCUGAACCAGUGCUGGAUGGAGAUGGUACCUUUAAUCAGGGCCAAAACGACAAGGUGCACUUGUGGAUCCUUCCAUUGUUUUUGGUUGGAGUUGCGGGGUUUGUCCUUAUUUUGACUGCUGUGGCAGUCUCUUCUAAGAAUGAUACCCACAUCAGCAACACCAUUCCCAGCAGUACUGGAACGAACCACAGCGAAAACCAAGACUACACUGCUACUAGUGAUCCAUGGGCUUGGGACCUACCUUUUGUUGUUCCGGGUUCAACAAUUGAUUCCAUCCAGGAAGGAUUUGCAUUAGCGAAGGAAAAUGGUACAACGCCACAGCUACAAGCCUACGAGUGGAUCAAGAGCGAUCCUUUCAUAAGCAACUAUUCGGAGGGGCGCCUUUUGCAACGAUUUGCACUAGCAACAUUCUACUAUGCUUUGCAGGGGCCAGAUUGGCCCUAUCAAGGAGGUGGCACCACAACAGUGACCAUGGAGAGUGGGCCUCUAAUUAGGGAAGCAUGGGAUGUGAACAUCACAUCAGAAACAUGGCUCUCCUAUGAGUCAUCUGAGUGCACCUGGUUUACAUUUGCCAAUGCAUUUGAAGUUGAGAAUUGCCGCACUCCCGACAAUGACACCUCCAAGUCAGAGUUGACCUUUCUGGGUGUCCAGCAGAAUGGCUUGGUUGGGACGCUGCCACCAGAGCUGGCUCUUCUGACAUCCCUGGAGUAUCUAACUGCAUUGGAACGCAAUCAAAUCACUGGAACCAUCAUGACAGAGCUUGGUGGUCUCACAAACUUGAGGGUGUUGAAGUUGGCAAGCAAUGAGUGGACUGGUCCGAUCCCUUCAGAGUUGGGUUUAUUGACACAAAACCUAAUUGAGUUGGAACUCAUCAACAAUAAGCUGUCUGGCCAAGUGCCAUCGGCCUUGUGGAAUCUAUCAAACUUGGAAGUAUUCAAUCUUGGCUCCAAUGACCUGUCUGGUUCAAUCCCCCCAGAUUUUGGCUAUAGGUUGCCCCAUCUGCAACAAUUCAACAUUCCCAGGAAUCAGUUCGAAGGCACUGUUCCCACAUCCAUUGGCCUCAUGACGGAUAUGGUUUUCUUGAACUUACAUGAGAACUCAUUCACUGGCCCAUUGCCUUCCGAAAUUGGGCAGCUUGUCAAUCUGCAAAAGAUGUUUCUGAAAGAGAACUUUUUUAUCAGUGGACUGCCAACUGAGAUUGGUCUCUUGUCAGUCUUGAAGAAUGUCAACAUGGAAGGGAAUAUUGGUCUGACGGGAACAAUUCCUGUAGAUUUUGUCAAUUUGCGGCGAAAUGGUAAUCUGAAAAGUCUGUGGAUCAGAGGAACAGGCUUUACUGGUACCAUCUCCAGUGAACUUUGUGGCAUGAAGAAAUUGUUGAAGUAUGAUUGCUCUGCAUCCCUCUGCGGAUGUGAGGACUGUCCUUGCAUUGUCGCCAAUCACACCAAUUUGCUGAAUAGUACAGUGUAA